GGGAUCGCGGCUCUAUUAUAUAACUUUAGAAUACUGGCGCUUUUAAUGGCGCAUAAGCAGAACAUUGCGCCACAGAUAUGUCGAUUUCCUGCGGAUUUUUCCCGAGUUCAGUGAGCGAUCGAUCACUUUUUUCGCCCCCUCCUGCCGGUGGUGAGCAUUAAAAAGUUAUCGAGUGAUCCGUGAAACGGCGCACACGGCGGAUCUCGCCAGCUCGAGCUGGGUCAGCGUCGGGCUGUUGAUUUUACAGUUAGAUAUAUUGCGGAGAAUGUUUUCUUGCCAUACGGGCACAGAGGCAGCAACAAAUACAGCUGAUACUUCACCACACAACAAAACUGCAACGAAGGGGUUUUAUUCAAGCGCUUCACCUUGUGGACGUUGCGGCAUUUCUUACAUAUUUUUCAAGUUGGACUACUAAAAGAUGACCUAACCGGUGGAGUACAGGUCAGGUACUCAUACUACAGGACAAAGAAAUGGAUCAGGGUGGACUGAAGCGCAAUGGUAAUCGAGACGACGGCCUGACAUUUGCGGAGAUAGAAGGUACUGGUGACACACCUGGUUCACUGUUCCAGACUGCAAUGCAUCUGCCUGGGUCUCUGCCCCCUGCCACAGUGGCCCCCAAUAGACAGGGUGGAACCAAUGGCCAGGGGGAGCUUGGAGGCUUGUUUGAGUCUCAUCAGCAUCAUGUUCUGGGUGAGGGGACAGACAUGAAGGAGGGUAAAAUGAUUCGAAUGCAGAAACAACAACAACAGCAGCAGCAACAGGAUAUUGGUAUAUUCGGCAUGGGGGACAGCUUGCCAUUGUUUAACCAGUGUAUUUCCGAUACACCCACAUCUGUCAUUAACACCUCAGACACUUCCGUCCUAGGCAACCUUCCUCUGCCUGACCUUUUUUCCCACCCCAUAAAGACGGAAAGCAUUCUUUCUCUGGACAAAGACUUGGGAACUUAUAGUGGGCACACAGGCACUGGUCCAUGCGAUUUGGAUGGCAACAGUGGCCGCCUGAUUGAGGAUACAGAGAUUUGGCAAGAUCUGGACCUUCCCAGCUCACUGCCAGAAAUCAGUGCUUUUGAGUUGGAUUCAGAAGUGGCACACUUGGAUAACAUUCUACAAGAGAGCACCGGUGGUGGCUGUCCUGUCGGUGGCUUGCCAAAGGAAAUAAAGCCUCUCAUGGGUAACGGAGAAAACUGUACCAGUGUUAAUGGCACAAAGCAGCAACACCAUGCCCUACACCCCCAUCAACAACAGCAGCAGCACCACCAACUAAUACAUCACCAGCAACAUCAGCCCCAGCAUCACCAGCCUCAGGCCCUUCUCUCCACUAUCAUCAUCAAGGAAGAGAAGGAUCCUGAUGAGUCUUUCAUCCAAAUCUGUACCCCUGGUGUGAUAAAACAGGAGAAGCAGGAUAAUGGUUUCUGCCAGCCUCAGUGUCUCCAGAGCGGCAUCAGCUCUCUCCAUGGAGGAGGACCACGCCCCAUGUCCUCACCUGUGAGUGUCGGCGCAGUGCCCGGCUACCACUACACAGCCAACCUGAGCUCAACAAUGGACAUACAAGACCAGAAGCCUUUUGACAUGUACUCAAACAUGCCUCUGAUGGGGGAUGGCUGGGCCCGGGGGAAAAGGUAUGGAGAGACAUCUGGGAUUCAGAGCAGCGAUGAUGGGCCCACUCCUGUCGCGUCCUUGGCACCUUUUUCUGUUGGCUUCUCCGGUUCAUCACCCAGAGAAGGAGAGAUCAGCAGCUCUGUGGUACCUGCCCAAUCCAAGACCAGCGGGCAGACUCAUAAGAUCUGUUUGGUGUGCUCAGAUGAGGCCUCUGGAUGCCAUUACGGGGUUGUAACAUGUGGCAGCUGCAAGGUUUUCUUCAAGAGAGCCGUUGAAGGAUGGAGAGCACGACAAAACACAGAUGGCCAGCACAACUACCUGUGUGCAGGGAGAAAUGACUGCAUCAUUGAUAAGAUCCGCAGGAAGAACUGUCCAGCCUGCCGCUUCCGAAAAUGUCUUCAAGCUGGAAUGAACUUGGAAGCAAGGAAAAACAAAAAGCUGAUCAAGAUGAAAGUGCACCGGGCUGGGGCAUCAGAGCCCACCAUUAGCAACAUGCCUGUUCCAGUCGUACCCAGGAGCAUGCCCCAACUCGUGCCGACCAUGCUGUCCAUACUGAAGGCCAUAGAACCAGAGAUCAUCUACUCGGGCUAUGACAGCACACUGCCAGAUACUUCAUCACGGCUCAUGUCUACUCUCAACAGGCUAGGGGGACAGCAGGUUGUCUCUGCAGUCAAGUGGGCCAAGUCACUACCAGGCUUCCGCAAUCUGCACCUUGAUGACCAGAUGACUCUGCUGCAGUGCUCCUGGCUCUUUCUCAUGUCUUUCAGUCUUGGCUGGAGGUCAUACGAGCAGUGUAAUGGCAGCAUGCUUUGUUUCGCCCCUGAUCUUGUCAUCAACAAAGAUCGCAUGAAGCUGCCCUUCAUGACUGACCAGUGCGAGCAGAUGCUGAAGAUCUGUAAUGAGUUUGUCAGACUGCAGGUGUCCUACGAAGAGUACCUGUGCAUGAAGGUGCUGUUACUGCUCAGUACAGUACCAAAAGAUGGCCUGAAGAGUCAAGCAGUUUUUGAUGAGAUCAGGAUGACCUAUAUCAAGGAGCUGGGAAAAGCCAUCGUCAAGAGAGAGGAGAACCCUAGUCAGAACUGGCAACGCUUCUACCAGUUAACUAAGCUACUUGACUCCAUGCAGGAGAUGGUCGAGGGUCUUCUCCAGAUCUGUUUCUACACCUUUGUGAAUAAAACCCUCAGUGUGGAAUUUCCGGAGAUGCUGGCAGAGAUCAUUUCCAACCAGAUACCAAAAUUCAAAGAUGGAAACGUCAAAGCUCUGCUGUUUCAUCAGAAAUGACUGCCUUAAAUUGUGAAUCAAUGCCUUAAAUCCUGCCCUGCACAUAUACCUCUCCAGGGGCCCCUAGCUUACAUAUCCUGCCUCCCUCAUCGCUCUGAUUCAGUUUCUCAGUUUUUCCUGGGCCUCCUCUAGAAAUUCUGCCACGCCCCUUCGGGGCUCAGCCAUUCAGCCUAAUCUUGGAGCACAAUACCUGUGGCCUCAAGCCCCCAUCCCAGUCCUAGUCCUGCCAUAGUAUCCUAUAACCGACCUAUAGCCCUUCCUCUUAGUUGGACUAUGAAUGUCUCUUGGGGUGGAUGCAUUUUGGGCAAUUUUUUUUUCAGUCCUCCCUCACCUACUCUACACCCAUAGCCCUGUGCUUGUAUUUUUAAUGCUUUCUUACAAUGGCUAUGUGCCUCAUAUUAAUUCAAGCCUCUAGUAUUUUACUGCAGUUUUCACAGAGAAGCUAACAUAUAGAGUACAAACACCUUUUCCUCCAAGAACAUUACACCUUGUAUACUUUGCAACUUGAAAGGAUUAGCAGUUCAAGCCUAGUGUCCCUCCUGCUGUGAAUUACUUAUCACUUCAGAAAUUAUUCAAAUCACAAUUCUACACAAGACCACUGAGAAAAGAAAUCAGCUAGAGACAUAUUCUCUAUUUAUUUUAUGCAGGCACACAAUUCAAGUCACAUACAGAAGCAAGAGACACACACGCACACACUCACUCAGCCAAAUGUUUACACAGGAUGUACCUGAGGGAAAACCAGUGCCUUUUAGUUUUUACGCUCUUCAUAGCCAUCCACUGUAAGCUGUAGGUUUUUUUGCAUUAGAAGUUGAUGUCGACAUCUUUCCACAUGAUUUGUCUGUUUCUCUAUUUCCGCAUUGUAAUUUCUGUUUUCUAUUUCCAAGCUGUCAUUUCAGUGUUCUUAAUGUGGAAAACUCUCCCUUUUGUUCUUAUCUCCUGUUCUGCAUGUAGGAACACAGCCUAUGGUACAGAUAAGUAAUGUUAAAUGUUUAGUUUUAUCACUUUGCAAAAAAAAAAAAAAAAGUCCC